UAUAUAUAUAUAUAUUUUUAGUAUAUUUAUAUUUGUAGUAUAUCAUAUAUUUUUGUAGAAUGUUAUAUACAUUUGUUGAAUAACAUGUAUAAUAUACUAUGUAUUAUGUAUAUAUAUAAGGUUAGAUAAAAUAACCUAUAUUUGUAAUAUAUAGUAUAUAUGUAUAUACAUAACGUUAACUUUUUCUUUCAUAUUGAAAAUAUUUUAGCUUAACACGUUAUGAUAAAUUGAUAUUAGGUAUUUCCUUAAUUAUACAAUAUAUAUAUGAGUGUAUAUAUUGUAAUUAUACAUAUAUAAUAUAUAGAUAAAGAUUGAAUAAUUGUUUUACACUUUACAUACAUUAUAUAUAUAGCUGUUAUACCUCCCAUAAUGUAUUUAGUUUAAAAAAACAAAACAACUGUUUUAUUUCUGUCAACGAGAACCAGUAUAGAAUAACACUUACUGUAUUGAUGAUAAUAACAAUAAGUUAAACAUCAACAAUAACAUCAACAACAACAACACAUCGUUAACAACUACAGCAACAACAAUCACAUCAAAUAUUCGUCGCCAUUAACCAAAGAAAAAAAAAUUAUGGAUGACAAAAGUCUGGAUGACAGGACUAUCAGCAAUGGAACUGCAAAACCCAGCUCGGAAUUACCUCCAAUUGAGACUUUGGAUUCUGCAGGACUGAUAGCGAUGAAAAUGGAACCAGUGAGUUCGGUAAAUGAUGAAGCAGACGACACACCAAGUACAACAACUUCGUUACCAGAAUCUACAUCUCCUGGUUCUAAAUCUUCGAAAAAAGCCGGGGUUGGAAUUCGGAGACAGGAAAAACCCCCCUAUUCUUACAUUGCCCUUAUUGUGAUGGCAAUCCAAGCGUCACCUUCCAAAAGAUGUACGUUAAGUGAGAUUUACCAAUUUCUUCAGCAACGAUUCCCGUUCUUUCGCGGUACUUAUCAAGGAUGGAAGAAUUCUGUGCGUCAUAAUUUGUCUUUGAAUGAAUGUUUUAUAAAACUUCCUAAAGGUCUUGGACGACCCGGUAAGGGCCAUUACUGGACCAUCGACCCAGCUGCCGAAUUCAUGUUUGAAGAAGGUUCAUUUCGACGUAGGCCUCGUGGGUUCCGACGCAAAUGCCAACUAAAACCUUUCGGUAUGUUGAAUGGUCUCGGUGCCCCGGCACCACCAAUGCUGGGUCAUUCCCAUUAUGACCUGUUACAUCAGAAUAACGGAAUGCCACAGAUGAACAUGCCCUGUUCAGUAAACAGCACCAUGCCGGUCACUUACGAUAAUGGUCAAGUAGUCAAUCCAAUGAUGAGCGCCAUGAACGCCGGAUUAUACGGCGGCGGCGCCAACAUGCCCAACCCCAACGGCGUCCCACAACAUAACAACAAUACCAGCUGCAACUUUGGGUCACGAUUCGGUUCUAGCUGCGCCAUGACAGUGCCACCCACAAUGACACAAGACUAUGGACAUUUAAAUAGUGCAACAAACAAUGUCGCUCUAGGCUCAGGGAUGUACGAUCGAGAUACGGCCACAUCUAACCCAACAGCUUCGUGGCAAACCCAACGAUACAUUAAACAACAGCCACUCAGUCCUACAGGCAGUACGGGUUCAAUUCACAGCAUUUCUCCAGCCAGUAGUGAACAUACCCCCCACACACCUUAUGGAUCACUGGGAGGUAACAGUGAACCCGUAGACUUGGCGUUAGCAGUGGGACAGCUGAACAAAUAUGUGGACACCCCUAUGAUACCCGACCUGAACCUAGCCAACCGCCUGGUGCACCACCCCAGCUACGACCUACCCUACCUCUAUAGGGCCGCUCAUUGAGCCACAGGCAGCCACAGACCUAAACAAUGCAACCAUCACUACUACCAUAAGCAUUAUCAGCUUCACCACCACAACAACCACCCAGGGGUGGACUAUACUCAUAACUGACAAAGAGGUCGUAUUUUCAUCUAGCUACCCAUAUACCCGAGCUGGACGCUAAUCUUACACGGCAUCUCUUUCUCUGUAUUCUUUUACAUGCCACAUAGACGGACUGCAUUUUCACAUGUGACGUUGGAGGACUGUACUCUUUAAUGGCACCUGUGUGGACUGUACUCUCACAUGGAACCGGUACUCCAUCAACAUGACACGUAGAUAACUAUACUCCCACAUGGAAACCAUGUACACAGGCUGGAGAGUACUUUCUUACACUACAUGCAUACAUAUAUAUACAGACAACUUGUUGGACUGUGUACUUAUAUGCGACCAAAUUAAGUAAAUAUGAACUGUACUUCUUCAUGGUACCUAUUAACAACUUGUUUAAAAUGAGCCGUUGAGUUUUUUGCGUAUUAACUAUGCUAAAAUCUCAGCAUAAUAGACUCCUAAUACACGCACACACGUGCUCGAAGACCGACACAACCUUACACUUAUCGAUACCCUUACACGGUCACAUAUUUACAUACAUCUAUACUGAUACGUACCCAUAUGUAUACACACAUACAUACACACAUACACACACACAUAUAUACAUACAUACAUACAUACAUACAUACAUACAUACAUACAUACAUACACACAUACACAUGUUUAGAGACAGUGUGACUUGAGUACUGUUUAGUUUUCUAUUAAAAUUGAAAUGAAAAUAUACAAUUAAAACAAUUCACUGAUACACACACACACACACACACACACACACACACACAUA